AGAACUGGCAGCAGUGAUCCAUAUUGCAUUGUGAAGAUUGAUGAUGAGACCAUCAUUAGGACAGCAACAGUGUGGAAGACUCUGUCACCAUUUUGGGGAGAAGAAUACAAAGUUCACCUGCCACCCAACUUCCAUUCUGUCUCUUUCUAUGUCAUGGAUGAAGAUGCUCUUAGUCGUGAUGAUGUCAUUGGAAAGGUCUGUUUAACACGUAACACUCUGGCAGAAUAUCCCAAAGGAUACAAUGGAUGGAUGAAUUUAACAGAAAUUGAUCCUGAUGAAGAAGUUCAAGGAGAAAUUCACCUCAAAAUUGAAAUAAUAAACAGCGAAUUGUCUCGUAAACUGCGCUGCACUGUGUUCGAAGCAAGGGACUUGGCAAGAAAGGACCGGAACGGAGCAUCAGACCCAUUUGUCAGAGUGCAGUACAAUGGCAAAAUUCAAGAGAGCUCAGUUGUGAAAAAAUCAUGUUAUCCACGGUGGAAUGAGACUUUUGAAUUUGAAUUGGAUGAAUCUUUUAAUGAGAAGUUAACAAUAGAAGUGUGGGACUGGGAUUUGGUCAGUAAAAACGAUUUCCUGGGAAAGAUAGUGAUCAAUGUAAAUGGACUUCAGAAAGAUUUACAGGAAGAAGGAUGGUUCAGACUUAGCCCUGGGAAGUCCAAGGCCAGCAUGGAUGAGGGAAACCUUGGUUCUCUUCAGCUGCAGGUGCGGCUCCGUGAUGAGACUGUUUUACCAUCAGAUUACUACAAGCCUCUGGUGGAGCUGCUGUGCCAGGAAGUCAAAACUUCUUACAAGGAAAAGUGUGGACCUUUAAUAACAUUGAUAGAUGAAACCACAUCUGCUGAAUGUAGACAGGAAGUGGCCACCAACCUUGUGAAGAUUUUCUUAGGACAAGGGCUAGCAAAGGAAUUCCUUGAUCUGCUCUUUAGGCUUGAGCUGGAAAAAACAAAUGAACCAAACACAUUAUUCAGAAGUAAUUCUUUGGCUUCCAAGUCAAUGGAAUCCUUUCUCAAGGUAGCAGGAACCCAAUAUUUACACAACGUUGUUGGACCAACGAUCAAUCGUAUCUUUGAAGAGAAAAAAUAUAUUGAACUGGAUCCUAGUAAAGUAGAGAUUAAAGAAGCUGGGUGCUCAGGGCUACACCGGAUCCAGACUGAGAGUGAACUAAUUCUGCAAAGUGCUCAGUAUCUCCAGUCUUACCUGACCGAUCUUCUUAUUGCAAUAGCCAAGUCAGUUAACACUUGUCCAGUUACUAUACGAGCUACAUUCCGGCAACUCUACAGGCGGGUGGAAGAGUGUUUUCCGGAGAAUAAACAUAUGAAUGUGAAGUUUAUUGCAGUUACCAGUUUCUUGUGUCUUCGGUUUUUUCUCUCCUGCUGUCAUGUCUCCUAAGCUUUUCCAUCUCAGAGAAAAACAUGCAGAUGCUCGGACCAGCCGGACACUGUUGCUCUUGGCUAAGGCAAUACAAAAUGUUGGUAACAUGGAUGCUCCAGCAAGUAGAGCCAAGGAAUCCUGGAUGGCUCCACUACAGCCAACCAUUCAGCAAGGAGUUUCACAACUGAAGGAAUUUAUUAUCAAACUUAUAGAUAUUGAAGAAAAUGAAGAGCUAGAUCUACAGAAGUCACUAAAUCUUCAGAGCCUUACUGUUAAAGAAGGUCAGUUAAUGGUCUACAAAACUAAAUGCAAAGGAUACCUACUCAAAAAGCUUUUCCUCUUCACUAACUGUUUGAUGCCUUAAAUUUUGCCAAGACACAUGUUUUCAAAGACAAGUUCAUUUAUACCUCUAUCAAGAAUCCGAGCCUUGGAAAAGGUAGAAGAAAAGUGUUUUGGAAAUUCCAACGUAAUGCAGAUCAUUUACACAGAUGAAACUGGGAGCCUGGAAGCGUUAUAUUUGCAGUGUAAGUGUGUUAAUGAACUGAAUCAGUGGCUGUCAGCUUUGCGAAAGGCUUGUGUCAACAACGCCAACAUGCUGUGCUCAUAUCAUCCUGGAGUUUUUAAAGGAGAGAAAUGGAGCUGCUGCCACCAGAAGGACAAAGGAGUUGCUGGCUGUGACAAAACACGACAUGAAGUCACAUUACAGGAAUGGAAUGAUCUCUUGAAUCCUGAUCUAGAGGCUCAGCUCAUUUUCAGACACCUCAUUGGAGUGAGAGAACAGAUGAAGGAAAAAUACGUGGAGCUGACAAAGCAUGAUUAUACUGGCAAAUCUCAUUCCAGUUCAGAUCCUGCAAAGACAGACAGUGUUACCCUGCUUUUCCAGAUACUGCAAGAUCUUGAGGCUGCCCAUGAUUCUUUCUUAUCUGACUCUCCAAGUAUAGCUGAUCAAGAGAAGAAAUACUUGUUGGAAUUGUAA